AUGACCCAACUCAAUCGCCAACGAGAACUCGUUGCACGACUAAAGUCAGUCAAGUACCUACACGCGGUGCGAGAAUAUAACGCGUCGGCCGACUCGCUAGCAACGGAAGCAUUGGAAAACAAGUCGUCAAGCGUUACAUCCGACGAGCCUAGGCUAGCAGAGUUGAGGUCAUUGAACCGCAUUCAAGAGGUCAUUUAUGCACCCAUCACGGAGUCUUCGGCGGACGAACCCUCGGUUAGCAUUGCACAAGCACAAGUUCAGACGCGACAUUUGCGACACAUGGAACCGUCACAGCGAUCCGGAACCGUCCUGGAGCCGCGUCGAAAAAAUUUCUUCGAUUUUGUGCGAAGGGACAUAGGUGACCUAAUGGUAACGACCAGACUCCAAGCUAAGACGAAGCCUAAACGCGUAAGAUUUGCCGACGAAACCUCGGUGACAGGUGGAGAAGACGUAACACAACGGGAGGAAGCCAACGGUGUGCCAACAGAGGACUCGGUCCGUCUGGAAGCAGAGUUUUCAAGAGUAACGGCACCCAACGUUCUCCGCGGGGAAGAAUCAACCCUAACGUACCGUGCAGCGAGAGACGCGUGGAAAAUGUCCGAUCACUUCGUCCUGAGUGAGGACAAUGUGCUUUACUAUGUGGGAACGAGGCCUCUGAAGAGUGAACAACAACAAGAAAACACGAUGCUGCGUCUAGUAGUACCCUCAACGAUGAUUCAAGAUGUACUACAGAACUGUCACGACUCGUUAGAAGGAGGCCAUCAAUGGAUUGCUCCGACUUUCUACAGAUUGGAUUAUUACUGGAUCGGUCUAUACGCAGACGUGACGAGGCACGCGCGGUCCUGUCCCGACUGUAGCUCAAGCAAAAGCCAACCAACGAUUCGUGGAUACUCUCCGCGGAACAUACUAGCGGAACGACCGUUUCAGGUUGUUUCGAUGGAUUAUGUAAUACCCUUACCGAAGUCUCAGCGGGGUAACACAGCGCUCUUACUAUUCCAAUGCGCAUUCACGGGGUAUGUAAUUGGCAAGGCUAUGGCAGACACGACUGCUCUUAGAGUAGCUCAAGCGUUUGAAAAAUGCGUGUACCGGAGGUUCGGUGCACCUUCCCUCAUCAGGCAUGACAGGGACCCUCGAUCCAUGAGCGAAGUGUUCCAGUCGUUCACCGAAAUGAUGCAAUCAAGGUCUAGGGCAACGCUGAGCUAUCGGUCUCAAGCCAAUGGCCAGCAAGAGCGCUCGGUUAAACCUGUCAUGCAAUCAGUGCGUGUGUAUGCGGAAGAUUCACUGCAACAAGACUGGGACGAGAUUGCCGAAAAGUUGAUCUUUGCGACCAACAACCCAAUGGACACAACGAGGAAAUACGACCCUUUUUCCUCGUCCAUGGGUGGGAUGCUCAGUCCACACUCAAGGCGAUGUCCUCGUCGCUCAAACGAGGACUCGGUCGACAGUCAGAUGCACUGGCAUAGCGUCGAGAAGUGA